AUGCCACGGGCAAGACGCUCGGCGACACGUUCAGCACCAGCAGCCACACCGUCAAGCUACGCCGGUUUGCCACGGUCAGCCAAGGUGGACAUUAGCAUCCAAGUUGUGGUCAACAAUGUCAGAUACACGGCCACCAAGAAGGAGGUCGUCCCCCAAGAUGACUUCGCGGGCGUUUCCCGAGCUGGACCGGACCAUGGCAGUGCGCCUCUUGGCGAGGGCGCCGCAUGCCGAUCCCGUCGUGUACAAACGCUCCGUCAAGGCCAGGAGCGGAAGCACAUCGUUUGCGGCCGCGGCGCCGGCGAGUACACGGUCCGGGCCGUCGGCUUCGUCGGCAAGUGGGUCAUCCACUCCGCCGAGACGGAGCCAACCCUCAAGGUCAGCCCGGCCGGCAGCUAUAUCCUUGGCGACGCCGGUGUUAGUUCUGAAAUUACAAAUAUUAACCCUAUGGACCUGGGUAUCAAGCCCUUGCCUCUGACUGGCGCCAAGACUGUCAUAGACAUUUUUAAACGUGGCUAA